AUGCGUUUCCUCUCCAUACUCCCCGCCAUCCUAGUGGCUGUCUCGGCCCUCGCCUUCGGUCCCCUCGAGAACCCGACGCCGGUAGCAAAGCGCGACAGCUGGGGCGGCGCCGUCUCCCUUGGCCCCUCGAAAUCUACUAUCACCAAGGCCGUCACGACUAUAACCCCCGGUAACGCGCCGCCUGUGCAGAAUGGUGUUCUCUUCCUCUGGCCAGGCAUGUCCAACGGCACCGGCGACCUCGUGCAAACCACGCUCGAAUCCUGGCAAGACAACUCGUGGUGCGGCGCCAUGUCCGGACAAUGGUGCAUCCGAUGCUCUCUAUUCGGCUCCUUUGGCCAGCUCGACGGACCCGCGGGUGUGGUAUCCGGGGACCAGAAGGUUGAGAUCAAGUACGAGCUUGCGACCGAUGGACAGACGUGGGUGCAGACUGCGACGGAUGUGACGAGCGGGACGCAAUUGAGUACGUUUAGUUAUAAGAGUGGGCCGUAUAUGCUUUAUGAGAACACGGUUAUCACGCUCGCAUCCGCGGAUUCGACAUUUGGAAACACCAUCUCGACGAGCCAGGGUGCGACGUACAGCGGACUCACAAACACAGGUGGUGGAAAAGUGUGGACUAUUGCGAAGAUCGACGUGCCUAAGAUGGUGUAA